AUGGAUGACAGCGAUGUCUUCAUAUUGGACACCCCUUCAAAUACACGUGAUUCUGAGUCUCCCUCACCAAUCGAAGGCAUACCACGAUCAUACACGGAUGAUCCCGGAAAGCGCUUUUCCUUUGGGCUGACUGAACUUCCUCGACGAUCGCUUUCACAGCCUGUGCCAAUACAGCAGCAAGUCCAAGGUAGAAUAGUAUGUUUUUCGGACCUUGACGAGGGGACGCAGUCAGCUCAGGCAAAAGCAUUGAUAAGCCCUCGAAAGAGAAGGACACCAAAAGUUCCAACUGUCCUAAAUGAAUUUUUUGGUGUGUACUGCCUGAUCAGCAGAAGUCCGGUGAAGCACUAUAAGAAUCGAUGUUACAUUGGGUAUACGGUGGAUCCGAAUCGGCGAAUACAGCAACAUAAUGGAGGUAGAGAGAAAGGUGGAGCGAAGAAAACGGAUAACAGAGGGCCUUGGGAUAUGGUUUGCAUAAUUCAUGGUUUCCCUAACAGUGUAGCUGCACUGCGAUUCGAAUGGGCUUGGCAAAAUCCGGAGAAAUCGCGUGUGAUCAAAGAUUUAGCUUUAAAGAAAAGCAGGAAAGAAACUCCAUUUGCCUAUAGAUUGCGUGUUGCGUGCCAUUUGUUGAACAGCCGACCUUGGAAUCGUUUUGCACUCACAUUCCGUUGGCUAAUUCCGCUUGAGGAGUUGCCGUUUCCGAAAGAAAUUAUGCCACCGAAACAUGUUACGAAGAAGUAUGGCUUGGUGGAGAAAUCAACAAGUGAGGUGCAUUCGGAAAAGGAGCGAUUUUUGAAAAGAGGUGAUUGCCAACUUUGUGGGGAGGACAUUAAGAUGCUAAGCCAACUAGUAAGAUGUCCUGCACUCACUUGCGCUGCCCACUUUCACGCCAAAUGUUUGGCAUCGCAUGGCCUCAACGGAGAA